GUCGUCUACAACCAACGCCUUACCAAGAGAGGCGAGCAUCGCAUCGCCAGGAGGCAUGACGAGCUAUGCAGCCACCGUGUUUCGCAAGGUUGAGAGUACGUGCUACCACCUCCCUGUGAUCUUCAACACCUUCCUGGUUUUCUCCAUUACUGGGGAGGUGAGCUACCUGGUGCUGGUCGAGGCUCCGCUACAGGCGGACCAGAAGAAGACGGAGUGGUCCUCUCGAUGGAAAUCCAUGCACCUGCUGGCCCAAUACUUUAUGCUUUGCAACAUUUGCUGGAACGCCGUGCUAUUUGUCCGAACUAGCCCCAGCAUCAAGGGCGUGUUCCUGGGAGGGGAUGGUGUGGGUCAGGGAUGGAGGUACUGUUACGCGUGUGAGACACACACUCCUCCACGCUGUUCCCACUGCUACGAUUGCAAAGUGUGCGUGCUGCGGCGGGACCACCACUGCGUGUUCUUUGGGCAAUGCGUGGGGUUCCGCAACUAUCGGUACUUCCUGACCUGCUUGCUGUUCAUGUGGUCGGGCCUCCUGUACGCCACGCUGAUGAACGCUGAGGUCUUCAUCGUCAUACUGAAAGAAGGCGUGACUUUGCACAGUGUCCUGCUGCUGCUGAUACCCUGGGUAAUGCUGAUUUCAGGUCAGGUCUCGGCACGUGCCUUCACCUUUGCCUUCAUUGCCGACACAUGUGUUGUGGGCUUCCUAUUGGUCUCUGCAUUCUUCUUCUUCCAUCUCUUCCUGCUUUUCCGGGGACAAACCACAAGGGAGUGGUACUCAUCUCGCCGCCCCUAUAACCUUGGACUUCUGGAGAACUUGCGUCACACCUUUGGCAGUUUCUGGUACCUUUGCUGGCUCUGCCCACUUAUCCCGUCACCUCUACCUGGGGAUGGGAUACACUUCCAGGUGACGGGAUCACUCGAACCUACCCGGUAAUAACUCCGGAGGUUGGCUCUACUCAGCAAAGACUUUACUGAACUAUUUUUUUGAAACACUUGACUCUUUGAAUAUUCCCUCAGAAAAACAUUGUUUUCCAAACCGGAAUACUUGGCACUGAAUUGGUUGACUGAAUGCACUGUUUGUGUUUAUAAUGAUGACUCCAUGUUAUGGUUUUAUGACUAUUGCCACUGCCCUCAAGCACUCUUUGUCAUCAUUUUUCAGUAAUGGUGAUGGCUGCUAACCUGCCAAAAAUAAAUCCCGAGUAUGCAGUUAGCACACAUCAUGAAACACCACGACCCUUAGACAGUCACUGUUUUUGUAGAAAAUCAUCAAGAGAACAGAGUGGGGGGAAAUCAGCCCAAGGGUGUCACUUGCGAACCACCUCAUACCAAUUAUUGCAUUACUUCACAUUGUUUGCCAGAGAAUGAUGAGUACAUGCCUUUGGCACCACACCACUGACGAAUUAGCAAUCCAUCACCUCCUACUGCACUACCAUAUUAAAUCCCCUUUUGAUCGCACUUUUCAGUUUUUCCCCUGCCUGUAGUAAAGCACUUAUUAUGACGUCAGAAAAUAACUUUUUUUUACAGCCCAAAAUAUGUUCUCAAUAUUGUACAAGUAUUCACUACAACGUGUUAAAACAUUUUAAAUUUACGUGUGUAUUUGGCCUUGAUUAAAUAAACUGUCUAAAUCAUUUCAAUUUAA